CUUCAUUUCUUUUCCACAUUAUCAUAAACACAUUGUCUUCCCAUGUCGAAUUUUAAGGCAUUCAAGCUUCCUUUUAUCUCGUUAUUGCUUUUCACAUCCGUUCUCACCAAGAAUUCAUCGGUUUUUGCUUCCCCUUUUGUUAGAAUCCAAGGCUUUAGCAGGCCUGACCCUCUUCGCCAUUUGAAGUUGUAUAAAGGAGGUUAUGAUAUACGCAACAAACAUUAUUGGGCUUCUGCGGCAUAUACAGGCAUCCAUGGCUACACUAUGGCAGGAAUUUGGAUGAUUUUUGGCUUAGGUUUUGGGGGUUUCUUGAUCGUAAAGAGUUUUAAUGGAGGUUUCCAUCCAUUUUUUGAUCAUCCAAGUUCUUACUACAUUGCCUGUUUUGCACUCAUUGCGUUGUUCACUUUAUUUGCCAUAAUUAUGUCAAGUUUGAUUUUGGCUGCAAAUCAAAGCUCUUUCCACAAAUCCAAGAACCUUAUGGAUACAAUUUUUGGAGCAUCUAAUAGCAUGAAACAAACAAUUGAAUCUGUUAUACAAAGCUUAACAAAAAUCAAGACCCUUUUAAAACCUUAUGAUAGCCAAACAUCUGAGCUUUUGAAUCAGAUAACUAACCAAAUGAGGAAGGAAACUACUUCAAUUCAAAGCUUUGUUGACGAGGCUAAGCAGGCUUCUAGUCGUGCAAUAAAGGCACUGCACGUUGCAAACCUUGUUUUUGUAACGGUCAACUUGAUGGUGUUAGUUGCAGGAUGUGGUGAGAAUUUCUUUAUGAUGAUAUUGCUAUUUGAUUCAGCUGUCAUCUUGUUGCAUUGGCAACCUGGAUAUAUCAUGCUUAUUGUUGUUUGCUGGAUCUUGACAACGGUUUGUUGGAUCUUAACCGGCGUUGAUUUCUUCUUUCAAAUUUUUGCAGGGGAUACUUGUACAAUAUUUGAGGAUUUUGAACAAAAUAGAAAUCCUGAAAACAAUGGUAUGAUGUCAAUCCUAUCUUCGUGUUCAAAUUCUUCAAUGUCUGAAAAAUUCAUGGCUCAUCUUGGAUACAUCGUUCAUAGAUACAUAGCCGAGUCCAACUCACAAAUAACAUCAUUGGCUCACAAAAUGAUUGGACUAGAUAACCAGAGUGAUGCUUCUUUCGUGAUUGACAAAAUUUGUGAUCCUUUCUCUGGCUCGCCUAAUUACACCUAUACUCCUGGAAAUUGCCAACAAGAUGCUAUUCAAAUUCACGAGCUUCCAAGUAUUCUUUCAACAUUAACUUGUGACAAAGACACACCAACAGAAAUUUGCAGAAAUGAAGGAAGAUUUUUUCCAGAAUCCUCAUACGGAAAGACAAUGGCUUACAUACAAUCUAUUAUACACUUGAUCGCUGCAUAUCCAGAUUUACAGAACUUAACUGGAUGCACUCCGCUAAAACAUGCAAUUUCUGAUGUGGCAUCACGUCAAUGCAAACCAUUCAAAGCCACGGCUAAAUUGCUAUGGGCUUCUAUCCUAACCCUUUCUAUCGAUAUGAUGGUUUUAACAUUGUUUUGGAUUGGAAAAGCUUACCAAGAGAAGGGAAAAUGCUUUUGCUUAUGUUCAAUCGUUCCUAAGCGAUUCAAUCCACAAACUUUGUAAACAAAAGUGUAUAGAAUUACGUAACUGAACCUGGCAAUCAAGUCUCAAGACUUUGGUUAACUCAACAAGGUUUAUGUAUAUAAGUAUACAACAUCAGAUAUUUUCAUUUGUUAAAUUAUCAACAAUUUAAGUUGAUCAUUAAUAAUACAAAAUAAUUUAUCAAAAUGCGAUAAUUUGUAGGGCCCACGUAGUAACUCGACUAAAAAAUCGUUAUGAUUUAUUAACUUGUAAGGGGAUGAACAUAGACACAACCAAGGUUUGCAUUAUAUGAUAGUCACUAUUGUAAUACAUCUAUUAAUAUUGAUAUUCUAGCUUGUACAAACUCUAUAAUUUAAU